AUGUUAUCCUCACCAGAUCCAUCGAUCAUAUAUGCCAAAAGCAUAAUUAGACUAGAUCAGUACGGUAAAUGUGAUGAAUGUGAAAACCCCCUAAGUGAUUUUCAUUGGUGUAGAACAUGCCAAAAUCAAGCUUUCAAACGAGAAUUUGGAAGAUGGACUAGUGGUAACAUAAGUAUAGAUCGAAUAAUACAACAAACUCAACUUGAAGUAAACAAAAAUGAGGAUUAUCUUGAAUGGAUCCCAUUUGAGGAUUUUGAAGCUGUUAAAUAUUUAUCGCAAGGUGCUUUUAGUACUAUUUAUUCUGGAUUUUGGAUCGAUGGCCCUAGACGGACUUGGAUUGAGGAAAAUGAUGACUGGUUUAGAGAUGGUCCAACUAGAUGUGUAUUGAAAAGGAUUGAAAAUUCUCAACAAAUAAGUCAAUAUUAUCUAGAUAAUGUUAUGAAACAUAAUAAAUGUCUUAGAGGCGGGCCUUUGGCAGAUUACUUUGGGGUAUCACGUGACCCAACUGGUUGCUAUAUGUUUGUUAUGAAAUUUUAUGAAAGAAAUUUGUAUCAAUAUCUUGACGAAACUAUGGCAGAUCUUUGUUGGAGAGAUAUAAUAGAAAUUCUUUUGGGUAUUGUAGAUGGUCUUGAACAAAUUCAUGAGAAUGAGUUAUAUCAUGGUAAUUUACAUGGUGAUAUCAUUGCAUCUGAAGUGGCGAUCUAUUUGGAGUUGUAG